GCCACUUGAGCCUGGAGCAGAUGGAAAGAUUGUAGUGCGGGGGAAAGUAUACCAGCAGCAGAGAGAGUGAAGAUUGGAAGAAGCCAUGCAGAGAGUGAGGCAGUGCAGCGACAAUGCUUGAUGAACUGAACCACUGACCACUUAAAAGGCUUACUCUUCCACUUUGACUGAGCCCCAGAGAGAUCAAGGAAUCAGACAGGACAGUCUUAAGGGGAGACAUCGUCAUAACUGAUGGGCAAAAACCAGCUUGGGACUAUUAAGAAAUAAAAGAAAGAUUUUCAGACGAGAGGAUAUCUACAGAUGCAAGCAAAAAGUGACCAGAUAGAGAAGAAGUGAACAAUAAAAGUGAAAGGAUUCCUACAGGUGUGUCCACAAGGAUUUGCUCAAAGACGACAUACCAGAGUCGCAGUAAAACAGGGAGUGAGUGAGCGUGAGCAGACAGAAGUCCAGGGACAGAGCUUAGAGAAGGAUGGCCAACUCAGGGCUCCAGUUGUUGGGUUAUUUCCUGGCGUUGGGCGGAUGGAUCGGCAUUAUCUCCACCAUCGCCUUGCCCCAGUGGAAGCAGUCUUCGUACGCCGGCGAUGCCAUCAUCACGGCCGUGGGUCUCUACGAGGGGCUGUGGAUGAGCUGCGCCUCGCAGAGUACGGGACAGGUGCAGUGCAAGAUCUUUGACUCCAUGCUCUCGCUGGACAUCCACAUCCAGACAUGUCGGGCCCUAAUGGUGGUGUCGGUGCUGCUGGGCUUCAUGGGCAUGAUCAUCAGCGUGGUGGGCAUGAAGUGCACUAAAGUGGGAGAUAACAACCCGACCACCAAAUCCCGCAUCGCUGUGACCGGAGGAGCUCUCUUCCUGCUCGCAGGUCUUUGCACCCUGGUGUCUGUGUCCUGGUACGCCACUCAGGUGUCCUAUCAGUUCUUCAACCCAAAUACACCACCCAACGCAAGGUAUGAGUUUGGCUCGGCCCUGUUCGUGGGCUGGGCCGCGGCCAGUCUGACGGUGCUGGGCGGCGGCCUGCUGUGCUGCUCCUGCUCUAAAGAGGACAUGCGAGGGCAGCAGUAUUACCGCCAAUCACAGCCCUCCACAACCAGGGAGGCAGAGUUGUUGAGUGAAACUAGUUUCCCUGACUGAUCAGCCCCUGCCUUAUUAUCGAGGACUGUCCGACUGUCCAACCACUGUCUUCCCCUAUUUUUCCCCAUUAUCGCUUAGACCCUAAAUUUGGAUAGUAGAAUAUUCUCUUUUCUUCAGUACUACAUCUGCACCUUAUCAGUCUUGUCGGGAAUCAAGAUGAAUUGUCUUCUCCCAUUCCCCCCCCCCCACCUUCUUCUUUUUCUGUAAAUAUGGACUCUUAAAGGAUAUGUGAGAGAUAAGACGACCUCCUCCAUUUCAACCCUCUCCUCCCAACCCUCCUCUGUCUCCCUAUUGGUGGAAAGUUAACAAUAAUUUGAAACCCUUUGUGGUUCUGUUGCGCUGAUUCAUGAUUUCGCUUAUAUCCUAUGACCUCUGGGUGUUUUUGUAAAUGUUUCUUUAGUUUUCUUUGUGUAUGCGCUGUGACUGUACUUUGACUGAAACGUGUCUUUUUUUCCCUUUUGAAUUGCAGACCAAAUGUUAAAAGUACCCCACCAGAGAAAAGGGAGCAGUACUUGUAGUUUGGGAGAGUCUUCUGGUCUUACCAUGGUUUAGAUUCUGUCAACAGACAAAACCCUCCCACUGAGGAAUUCAAAAACAGACAAACAGACACAAUUAAAGUAAGAAAAGCAUCCUUUUUAAAGCAGCAACAUCAAUUUGAGUCUUUGUUGAAGUAAAAAUAUGUUUUAAUGUAAUAGUUGUUUCAGUAGUUUUGAGAAAGAUGAUAUCCUGGUCUUGUCUGUUUUGUUGACUUCAGGAGAAACAGUAAUUCAGGGUAUGUUUCUGUAACAUGUUAAAAUGCCCGGGUGUACAUACCACCUACUCUAUUCUUUAUUUUAUUUUUACUACAUAUAUAAUGUUUUACUACAGUGCCUUAUAACACAUGUUUGUGCACAUGUAUGUUUUUGACUUCAUGGAUUCGUUAAAGUCUCCCAUCCCUUCUGAGGGAUGUGUUCAUAGUUCCUCUGCCAGCCAUUCUGUGUGCCUUUUUCUAUUGUUGGAUUUCUGAAAAUGAAUGUGAAGCUACUCUAAAGUACCACUUAUGAAACAACAAAUACAUACGAUUGAUCUUAAGCAUAGUGCCUUACGCCACUGUUUGUAAUAAGCUGUGUGCCUGUUACCGAGUAGCCUGGAUUGAGGAUAUACCCAGUACAUUCAUUUUGUUUCGUUAAGUGCCAAUAUGAUUUUGUGUAAACGACAGAGUCAUUGUAGUAUUGACUGUAAAGGACGUACUGUACUGUGUGUUGUCUCCUGUACUAAGGAACGCCAGUUUUCUGAGUGUUCAAAUGCCCUUCUGAUGCCUGCAUUUAUUUACCAUGUCAUUCCUUUCUCUAAUAUUUACCUCCUCAAUGUUGUGUAUCAUCUCAUUUACAGUAUACCCCUGUCUGUUUCUUUUAGAAUAAAGUAAACAGAGGAAUAAAAAUGGAUUUGGUCAUGA